UUCAAGUCACUGCGUAUUAUAAAGUUAAUGGAAGUUUUAAUAUAAAAACAUACACCUCUGCCAUUCCUGUUUUUGUUCCUACGAAUCAUUUCGUAGCCAGGGAUGUACAGCUAACAAUUUUUGAAAGAAUCAUCGACUUUGGAUUCAUUAAUUGCAAGGACAUCGACUAGAUUACCGGCAAGAAAAAUCAUCUGAGAUCAUUGAUACGGUUUUUUAGACUAUUUACAUUUAACGAUGCUAUUUUAAAACCGCGUUUUGCGGGUAGCGAAUUAGACAAAUUAGAAAUUUGAGAAGCCGCUGUUGUGCGUCUUUUCGAGCCUUCAUCAAUUCGCGCUCUCCUCUCCUUUGCCCAGCGCACGCGCUCUCUCGCGGCUCACUUCGCUUGCCACGCUUGAAAGGUUUCUCGUAGGCUACAUUCCAGUGUACGCAUCGGUAUUGAGAUCCAAGAGAUCAUGAUAUCUUGUCAGAACAUUGCAGAAAUUAAGGACUCUCUGACGCUGACGCUGUUUGAGCGUAUACUAGGGCGCUAGCCAAAGCUCGAAAUAUGACCGUCGGUAAUGUUGUCUAACCCUUAAAAUCUAUGGAUUUGUAUGGGGUGCCAGACUAUUUUUUCUGUAAUUGACGUAUACAAUGAUGUUUGAAAUAAAAAAGCUUACCUUAUUUAAGUUUUUUGUUCCUCCCACCUUCUUGUGUAAUCCCCGAGCCGAUUUGUGCCCACUUUAAGGUUUUGUUGGAACCGGUGAUUUAUACCAGCCGAUUUUUUGAAAACGAACCCAAAGAAAUUUGCAACCGUUCGAGUGAAAAAGGGCCAAAAGUCGUAUCAGGAUUUUUGCGCCUGAUAAGCUCGAAAAUCACACUAGCGAAGAAAGGAAAGGAGAAAAAGAAAGAGCGAGAAGAAAGAAAGGAGGAGAAGAGAAAAAAAGCAAUGGUUGUACUCUUAGUUUUUUUAUUGGCUACUUUGGAGAAAAUUUUUGGCCGCAUGAAACUGUUUGACUGAAGAGGUCUAUUUGGCGGUAACGUUUUCAAAAAUCUCCCUAGAUGUCUUUUACAUCAUUUCUCUGUAAAAAUCCCUCCCACAAUAUCACACAAGUAUACAGUCAAAUCUCUCGUAAGCGACCACCCUUGGUGCACGACAAAGUGGUCGCUUACGGGAGGUGGUCGUCUACAGGAAAAAUCAAGAAAAAGAACUCACAUUGAACAGAUUAACGUAAUUACGUAAAGUUAUUAUCUUACAAGCAAAAAUGAGGCAAAUAGAGAACUUCUAAUAAAGCUUAACUCGAAUAGCGCUUGGAACUGAUGAAACUUAACAUUAUGCAUGAAAGUGACAAUCCACUUUUUACCUACAGAUCGUAUUACAGACAUCUUUUUUAUAAGUCAACUGCUACAAUCUGUCAGCAAACUUGGUCAGCAGUGUUCAAAAUUAACUUUUGUGACAUUCGAGCAACGGUUUUCUUACAAUCAUACGUGAUCAUGCCGGGUGGUCGCUUACCGGAAACAGAAAAGAAAAGAAUAUAUUAAAUUUCUGGCCCAAAAAGUGGUCGCGGUCCCUUAAGAAAUUUAGGUAGUGGUCGCUCACGAGAGAGUUUUUGAAACAGUGUUUGACUGAGAAACAAAAGGAUUAUUUGUAAAGUGGUCGCUUACGGGAGGUAGUCGCUUAAGAGAGGUGGUCGCUAUGAGAGAGUUGACUGUAUUUACUAUAAGCUAUUAUGAAGCCUUGCAUUAAAUACAAGAGGCAUGGAACGAACGCUUAGCGUUCCCCCGCCCCCAUCCCCGGACAGCUGCAACGUUGUGCACAUUGUACCUGCAACUGUCACUUCAGUUAUAUUCGUCAGUUAUUCAGUUCUUUAACAUUUUGUGUAAGAUGAUCGUACUUCACAGAAAAAUCCACGCGGACUAAUAGAUUCUAAUUCACAUGACUCACAUCACUUCACACGCUGCUCCUGAAGUUGUGGCGUUGACUUGACGGAUGACAAAGCGAUAACUUGCUACUACCGAAAUUGGAAAACCACAACUCGUAAAUGCUAUUGUUUGAUAGAGUUUUGGGCGAAGAAUCAGUGACGGCUAAAAAAAGUUUGCUUGUGAACAAAGAAACAAUCAUUUUUCGUUACCAACAGGAUAACGUGUUUGCUCUGAAUAGACUGUUUACAGUUUUGAACAAGCUUCGAUGUUUUAGUUGACAAAAGAUCCUCCGUCUAUUGUUUAUGGAUGGAUAAUAUUAUUGUCUAUCAGAAUUUGUAAUCGAAAGUUAAUUCUUUUUUUUUUUUUGGUACCCUGUUAUAGGUUCCUGAACCAAAAAUAGAAAGUGUCAGUGAAGUGACAUCAUCAGAGCCUGAACAUGAGUUAAUGAUUGAUACUUCACCUCCAGAAGAGAUCACAAAGCGCGCUAAGGAGUGGAUAAAGUAUGUGAAAGGUGAAAAAGAUGUUACAGAAAAAUCCGUUAGUAGUAUCGAACUGUGGGAUUUUGCUGGACAAGAGCUGUACUAUGCAUCUCAUCCUGUAUUUUUAACAUCACGUGCAAUAUAUAUCUUGGUGUGCAAUCUCAGCAAAUCAUUGCAUGACACUGCCCAACCCUGUGUGAGGCAAGGAAAUCAUAAUUUCACGUUGGAGAACCCAAAUGGGGAAACAAAUUUGGAGAAUCUGCUAUCUUGGCUGUCCACAGUGCAUAGCAUCACACAGAUGAGAGGAGAAAACUGUGAUGAUGUUGAAGGAAAGCUGCCUCAUCUGCGUCCCCCUGUGAUCAUUGUAGGCACCCAUGCUGACAAACCAUUUGAAGACAUUGCAACAAUGAAGUUAAAAAUACAGGAGGGACUUGCUGGUAAGGACUAUGAAGGACAUGUAGUGCGGCCUAUCUUCAGCAUUGACAACACUGCAAAACUGAUUCAGAGGAGGUUGGAAAAGGUU